UUGGUUGUGUUUUAGAACUCCGUGUAUUUGUUUUGGCCUAUAGAUCACACAGUACCUGGGCGGCGUUUUAGAUGUCAAAAACGCUGUAGCGUUUCUGGCAAUGCUGACUAUGAUGUAGUAGGUACUAGAUAGUCAGCCAAAUAGGUUAUGAGACGCAGCCAGUGUUUUACUCUAGAAGAGGGGAUUGUAUUUUAGUCUAGUCAGUGAUUGUCUCUCUUCACCCGUCAGGUCUUUCAAUAAGUCACUCAGGCGUUUAACAACAGCUCGUCUGAGCAGGAUAACAUCAGAUAAAGCACAGGGAAUAAGGGAAGACCUGUUAGACGUCGGACCAUGCGUGAGGGAUUUUGGAAACUUUUUUGUAUUUUCAUGUUUUGCUUUCGUGCUUUCAAAGCUUCAGCAGCUAUUUAUCAGGUUCCAGUGAGACUGCAGCGCACUGUGUCGGAACACAACACUGGAGCAAACACACUCAACAGGAACCGGUGCCAGUACACAGUACAGAAGACCGUUUCAUGCCAGACACAAAAUGGGACAGAGACUGUUGUGCAGCGUCUGUUUCAGAGUUGCCGAUGGCCUGGACCGUGUUCAAACCUCAUCAGCUACAGAACUCUGGUGAGACCUGUGUACAGAGUGACCUACAGGAAAAUCACUUCUCUGGAAUGGCGAUGCUGUCCAGGAUUCCAUGGAGAAGACUGCAGAGAGGAGUGCAUGAACUGUACUGGUUAUGCUGACAUCAAAGAGCGCCUGAGUGUCAUUGAAGAUCAGAUAAUGUUAAUGAGAGACGCUGAGGCACCUCCCCUCCCUCAGUCCAGCCAAUCACCCGAGAGAACAGCUGAUAAUGAGGUGGACAGGACACAUCCCUCACCAGUAACACCCAAUGCCAUUGGCCGACCAGGACUAAGAGGACAACCAGGACCUGUCGGGCCACCAGGUCCCCCUGGACCUCCAGGACCUCCUGGACCUUUAGGAAAGAUAGGGUUUUCUGGGAAACCUGGUUCUAUAGGACCUAGAGGACCUCAAGGACUGCAAGGCCCACCAGGUGAAAUAGGACUUCCUGGGCCACCUGGGCCACCUGGGCCUCCAGGGCCCUUCUCCCUCAGGGGGGACGUUUUCACUGUAACGGCUAAACAACAUGCCCAGUAUGAAGAUAGUGACUUUGCUACCUACCGUGACCUGCAGGCUUUUCUUGGUCCUCCUGGGCCCUCCGGCCCUCCUGGUCCACCAGGGCCUGCAGGACCACCUGGACAUCCAGGUGCUCCAGGGAAAAAUGCUGCCUUAAGCCUUUCAGGCACACCAGGUGACAGGGGACCCAAAGGAGAUCCAGGUGAAAGAGGUCAGCCAGGAAUAACAGGAAAGCAAGGAGAGCCUGGUUUUCCAGGUCCUAAAGGUGAGCCAGGAGAGACUCCAGCAGAGGUGCAGCAGUUGAGGGAAGCGCUGAAGAUUCUGGCCGAGAGGGUUCUCAUUCUAGAACACAUGAUCGGCAUUCAUGAUACUCUGUUGGACUCCGGCUCUGGAAUAGAUCUCCUGGCGGACUUCAUGCUAACAGGCAGCGCUAAAAAUGUUGCCGAUGCCAGACCCUCCUCUCCUCUUACCACAGACAGAGAGUAGCCGGACUCUGUUGGGUAUGAAGAGUAAAUAACAAACACUUGUGACCACAAGGCCUUUAUCUCCUGUCUGUUGCUUUGAAGGACAGAUCCCUCAAUGUAUUUGUUCAUGAGUAUGAUAACAGUGGCACUGAUCUUUUUUGUUUUAUUUACUUUAUGUAUUUAGUUUAAUUGUCAUAUUCUCUUUUUUACAUUUUGAAAUCACUGUAUUUACCUGUUGAAAAUGUGUUUUCAUUGCUGUUUUACUUUCAUAUGUGACCCUGGACCACAAAACCAGUCAUAAGUAGCACGGGUAUAUUUGUAGCAAUAGCCAAAAAUACACUGAUUUUUCUUUUAUGGCAAAAAUCAUUAGGAUAUUAAGUAAAGAUCAUGUUACAUGAAGAUAUGUAGCAAAUUUCCAACUGUACAUAUAUCAAAAAUUAAUUUUUCAUUAGUAACAUGCAUUGCUAAGAACUUCAUUUGGACAGAUCCCAGAUUUUCAAAUAGUUGUAUCUCUGCCAAAUACUGUCC